GAACCCUUCCCGGAUGCCGUACUAAACCCGGACAGGAUGUGGCUUUGAAUUAUGUUACCAGAAUGUGUUAGCUAAGAACAACGACUUGUAAGCAUAAUGACAAAAACAUGUUCCCCCAAGAAAAAAUAGCUUUUGUAUCAAAGUAGAGGAUCGUGGCGGGGAUGUGGCUACGUUAUGGGAAACGUUUUCGGGAGAAAGAGUCGCCCUUCUCGAGUUACAGAACAAGACCGAGCGAUUCUGCAACUGAAACAGCAGAGAGAUAAACUGAAGCACUACCAGAAGAGAGUCACCCUGCAGCUGGAGAAGGAGAGGAGUCUGGCCAAGCAGCUGCUGAAGGAUGGAAAGAAAGAGAAGGCACUGGUUCUUCUCAAGAAGAAGCGUUAUCAGGAUCAACUGCUAGACAAGACUGAGAACCAGAUAUCAAACCUGGAACGCAUGGUUCAAGACAUUGAGUUUGUCCAGAUCGAGAUGAAAGUCAUUGAGGGGCUGAAGGUUGGAAAUGACUGUCUGAAGAGUAUGCAUGAGGCCAUGUCACUAGAGGACGUGGAGAGGAUCAUGGAUGAGACCCAGGAUGCUAUAGAAUACCAGAGGCAAAUAGAUGAGCUGCUGUCAGGCUCCCUGACUCAGGAGGAUGAGGAUGCUGUGCUAUCUGAGCUGGAGGCUAUCACUCAGGGAGAAGAUGUAGAACUACCAGAGGUCCCCACUGAGCCUCUACCAGAGGUCCCCACUGAGCCUCUACCAGAGGUCCCAGAACCAGCUGAGACAGAGCCAGGUAACGAGAGAAGACCAGCAAGGAACAAGGAGAACAGAGAGAUGCUGGCAGCGUAGAGACAAGACUCAACAAUAACAACAGUAGCUGGAGCUAGUCCAACUGACUCAAUAACAGUAGCAGCUGUGGGUGGAGUUAGUCCAACUCACUCAACAACAACAACAGUAGCUGUGGAUGGAGUUAGUCCAACUGACUCAAUAACAGUAGCAGCUGUGGAUGGAGUUAGUCCAACUGACUUAACAACAACAUUAGCUGUGGAUGGAGUUAGUCCAACUGACUCAACAACAACAACAGUAGCUGUGGAUGGAGUUAGUCCAACUGACUCAACAACAACAACAGUAGCUGUGGAUGGAGUUAGUCCAACUGACUCAACAACAACAACAGUAGCUGUGGAUGGAGUUAGUCCAACUGACUCAACAACAACAACAGUAGCUGUGGAUGGAGUUAGUCCAACUGACUCAACAACAACAACAGUAGCUGUGGAUGGAGUUAGUCCAACUGACUCAACAACAGUAGCAGCUGUGGAUGGAGUUAGUCCAACUGACUCAACAACAACAGUAGCAGCUGUGGAUGGAGUUAGUCCAACUGACUCAACAACAACAGUAGCAGCUGUGGAUGGAGUUAGUCCAACUGACUCAACAACAACAACAGUAGCAGCUGUGGAUGGAGUUAGUCCAACUGACUCAACAACAACAACAGUAGCUGUGGAUGGAGUUAGUCCAACUGACUCAACAACAACAACAGUAGCUGUGGAUGGAGUUAUUCCAACUGACUCAACAACAACAACAGUAGCUGUGGAUGGAGUUAGUCCAACUGACUCAACAACAACAACAGUAGCUGUGGAUGGAGUUAGUCCAACUGACUCAACAACAACAACAGUAGCUGUGGAUGGAGUUAGUCCAACUGACUCAACAACAACAACAGUAGCUGUGGAUGGAGUUAGUCCAACUGACUCAACAACAGUAGCAGCUGUGGAUGGAGUUAGUCCAACUGACUCAAUAACAACAACAACUGUGGAUGGAGUUAGUUCAACUGACUCAAUAACAACAGUAGCUGUGGAUGGAGUUACUCCAACUGACUCAACAAUAACAACAGUAGCUGUGGAUGGAGCUAGUCCAACUGACUCAAUAACAGUAGCAGCUGUGGAUGGAGUUAGUCCAACUGACUCAACAACAACAAUAUCAACAGUAGCUGUGGAUGGAGCUAGUCCAACUGACUCAAUAACAGUAGCAGCUGUGGAUGGAGCUAGUCCAACUGACUCAAUAACAGCAGCAGCUGUGGAUGGAGCUAGUCCAACUGACUCAACAACAACAAUAUCAACAGUAGCUGUGGGUGGAGUUAGUUCAACUGACUCAACAACAUCAACAGUAGCUGUGGAUGGAGUUAGUCCAACUGACUCAAAAACAAUAACAGUAGCUGUGGACGGAGUUAAUCCAACUGACUCAACAACAACAAUACCAACAGUAGCUGUGGAUGGCGCUAGUCCAACUGACUCAAUAACAGUAGCAGCUGUGGAUGGAUCUAGUCCAACUGACUCAACAAUAUCAACAGUAGCUGUGGAUGGAGCUAGUCCAACUGACUCAACAACAGUAGCUGUGGAUGGAGCUAGUCCAACUGACUCAACAACAGUAGCUGUGGAUGGAGUUAGUAUAACUCACUCAAUAACAACAACAGUAGCUGUGGAUGGAGUUAGUCCAACUGACUCAACAACAGUAGCUGUGGAUGGAGUUAGUCCAACUGACUCAACAACAACAACAGUAGCAACAGUAGCUAUGGAUGGAGCUAGUCCAACUGACUCAAUAACAACAACAGUAGCAACAGUAGCUAUGGAUGGAGCUAGUCCAACUGACUCAAUAACAACAACAGUAGCUAUGGAUGGAGCUAGUCCAACUGACUCAAUAGCAACAACAGUAGCAACAGUAGCUAUGGAUGGAGCUAGUCCAACUGACUCAAUAGCAACAACAGUAGCAACAGUAGCUAUGGAUGGAGCUAAUCCAACUGACUCAAUAGCAACAACAUCAACAGUAGCUAUGGAUGGAGCUAGUCCAACUGACUCAAUAGCAACAACAGUAGCAACAGUAGCUAUGGAUGGAGCUAGUCCAACUGACUCAAUAGCAACAACAGUAGCAACAGUAGCUAUGGAUGGAGCUAGUCCAACUGACUCAAUAGCAACAACAGUAGCAACAGUAGCUAUGGAUGGAGCUAGUACAACUAACUCAACAACAACAUCAACAGUAGCUAUGGAUGGAGCUAGUACAACUAACUCAACAACAACAUCAACAGUAGCUAUGGAUGGAGCUAGUCAUCAUGCUGGUCUCUCACUGCAUGGAGGAGCAGAAUGCAUCCAUCCAGACUCACUCUGCUGGUCUGUCCAGUCCCUGAUCCCCCUCUGUCUCAUAGAAUGGAGUGCAGGUACAGAAGUACAAAAACUUUAUUGUCCCAACACUGAACAAUCUGAUUUGUAGCAAAAACAGGAACAAAUGUGUACACACACAGAUGUGUACAAGCAGACACACACACACCCCGUGGCCUAGGAGAACAUUAGUGCUGAAGUCUCCUCUGGUCCCCGAGGCCUAGGAGAACAUUUGUGCUGAAGUCUCCUCUGGUCCCCGAGGCCUAGGAGAACAUUUGUGCUGAAGUCUCCUCUGGUCACUCUGUUUGUAAUGAUGAAUUAAACACUAAAGGGAAAAUGA